AUGAUUAUCGCUCUGAUUGCCGCCUUCGCCUACACAGUAGCAAUCACUGAUGCCAGCGGCCUUGGGAACGAAAGUGAGACGCCCGCGUUUCUCCAUCUUCGUUCUCUGAAUGGCGGCGGGGUCUUGUGUCCGUACAGCAAGGGUAAACUGGAAGCCGGAUACAUAACCAUUGGCGUGUUUAGGAAGAAAAA